GCCCGGAAGUGCAGGUGCGUCUGAACCGAGGAAGUGACACAUAACUUAAGAAAAGGACUGACUCGGGUAUUAGUUGCGUCUGAGGUAACGUUAGUCAACAGCUCUGAUAUUACAGAUACAAAAACUCGGAGACGACGCCAUGGCGCUCAACAAGAAUAAUUCUGAAUCAGGAGGUGUCAUCAUCAACAACAGCGAGAGUGUCCUGAUGUCAUAUGAAAAUGUGGAGCUAGUCUUCAAUGAUGCAGACAGCCUUCCAGAGCCCUUCAGGAAGAGUAAGAAGGGCAGCGUCUACCUGACCCCAUACCGGCUUAUCUUUCUGGCCAAGGGUCGGGAUGCACUGCAGUCCUUCAUGAUGCCUUUCUAUUUGAUGAAAAACUGUGAGGUGAAGCAGCCUGUGCUGGGAGCCAACUACGUCAAGGGCACAGUGAGCGCGGAGCCUGGGGGUGGCUGGGAGGGUUCUGCUACCUUCAAGUUGGUCUUCGCCUCUGGGGGCGCCAUUGAGUUUGGUCAGUACAUGUUGCAAGUCGCAGCGCAAGCGUCCAGAGGGCAGCCUGUGACUGCUGGUUUUGGUUGCCCUUACAUGGCCAAUGGAGCUUAUGCUUAUUCCCCUCCACCUCCUGCUAAUGGGAUGUACCCAGCUGGACCCCCACCAGGCUACUCCUACCCUACACCCCCACCGCCAGGCGGGUUCUACGCGGCCCCUCCCGCUUUUGACAGCUCAGCAGCCUACAUGCCCCCACCUCCUUACUCUGGACCCCUGGGACAGGCCCCUCAUGACCCUGACCUGCCCAGGAGCGCAGCAGCGGAGGCAAAGGCUGCAGAGGCAGCAGCCAGUGCAAGUUGUGCUGCAGCCCCUCCGUCUCAUGUCUACCUGCCGGAGGACAAACCACCACCGUACUCUCCUCCUGAAGACAAGAAGACCCAGUAGAGACCCUGGAUCACAGCUUCCUCCAGUCAUGGCCUGUACCUCCCUCCUGUUUGUCCUUCCUCUCUUACCUGGCUGUUUUGUGUUACCUGGCUGUCAGGUGUUCUGUAUGAUCCCUGUCCUUGGCUGUCUCUCACACCCUUUCUCAGCACCCUUGCCAUCUACAGUCAUUCUAUCGCUGUAUGUGUUCACCACCAUCUACCAGCAACCGAACACAGAGGAGGCAGGAUGCUGAUCAGUGCAGGUUUGAAACUCCAGUAUUUUCAGCAUCACCGUAGUGGAUGUUUUGUGUUUGGCUUUUGAACCAAAGGUAUUAGGGUAGUUUAGACAGCAGAGAAAACGCAGAGAUCAUUCUGCCGUUUUUGGAAGGAUGUGAAUUUAGUAAUGGAAGUGAUUAUGUACAAGUAUACCUUUGCUAAACGCAUAUAGUAGUUGAUGAGUGAGUGAUGCUACUGCAUAUUAUUAUCAUUGACUGAAGGAGUCAUACAAAAUAAAAAUUUAUAUUCUACCCAGUUUUAGCGUACAGGGCUUCCCAAGACUAUUUUGUUUGUGAAGAUAAGUUCUUCCUAUCUCAAAAAGAGAAGGGAAAAGAGAUGGGGAUGACAGACUGAGUACACUUUAAGACAGCAGGCCAGCACAUGAGGUACAGAAAGGGACCAGAAAUGAAUGGGAAUCACUCUUGCUUUCUUACCACCUGUUUUCCAAUGACUUUCCAAGUGGACAGUGUAGGGAAUAGCACACUGUUUUGUGAGAAUGUGAAUGUAAAGUACUUCCUCUUUGAAGGCGGUGCACAUAUGCCCCAUGCAUAAUUACUCAUAUCUUUCUUGUAACCUGUAAAGAAUUUUGUUCAUCACACUACAUUUUACCAGCUCCAGAUACACACACGCUCACCUUCCCGGUCAGUUCUCUUGGCCUGAAGCAAAUUUUCCUUGUCUGCAGU